GAACUGAAAAGUACUUUCAUACAGCCUUUUUAGCAUUCGUUUUUUAUACCUACGAAAAAACGUACACUUUUGAGCAGUUUUUUAGAUUGUUAUUAUUCAAUGCAUUGGGGUUUCAAACAAAAAUUUUAUGUAAUUUAUAAAAGUGGAAGACACUCUGGAAAUAUAUUCAAGGAAUAUUUCUUUAUUUUCUUCUUCAACUUUUUCCUUGCUACUAAUAGUGACAAACCACCAGGAAUCUAGUGUUCUUGCUCCCCUUUUCAGUCAUGACUCAUGACCCAGUGCUGAAGGAGGAAUAGAUGAAAAAGUUGAGUGGAAGCAAGUGGGGUUAUCAGGUCUGAGUGUUUCACUGAAAACCAGGGAACAGGGCCUUCCGUUCUGUAAAAAUUUUGCUUUUUUAACUGAUUUUGGCAGACUUCUACACGUGUAAAAACUCAUGCUUUUGGUAUUCCCUGAUCAUUUAUAAUGGAUAACUUCCAAAUCAAGCUGGCACUUCGAAAAUUUUUCUUCUACAGCUGGGUUUAGCUAGCCCUUUGAAAGAUCUUCAUGGAAAACCAACGUUGGCCUCUCUAGGCUAAUAAAAUUUUCUCAUAAAGUUGUAGCAUCUGAUCUGGUUUUAAUUGAAGAAAGCCUUUCAACCUUUUGUUCUUGCGAAGAAGCAAGUUCCUAAGCAAUGGAUGAGAAGAGAAUCUCUGGUUCAUAUCUAAUUAUCUCUGAAGAGAAAAGUGACAGCUUGUAUCCAAUGUAUUUUGGUGUUUCUUGUGCUUUUUUUGCUCUCAGACUCCUCACAGGACCUGAAAAGGAAGAUGAGAAAUGGUCUGAAUUACGGGAUAAAAUGCUUCAAGGAAGUGCUCAACUCUUGGGAUUGCUUGUAUGGAGAAUCCAGAGAGAAGAAGCCAAUCUAGCAAAGUGUGAGCUUCUCCAAAAGCUUGAGACUGCUGAGAAAGAGAUUGAGGAGUUGAAGAAAAGGAGACAUGAAGAUGCAAAAGCAAAUGAGAAGGUUGUAGGCAUCUUUGCAUCUCAAGAACAGGGAUGGUUAAUUGAAAGGAAGAAACUUCGACAGCAAAUUGGAGCUCUUAUAAAUGAGUUGAGAGCCUUUGCGAAAAAGAAAGAUGAAGAAAUUGCUGACUUGAAUAAACAAUUGAAUGAAAUGGAGCUCUUGGUGGAGUCCAAGGAUAAGAUAAUUGAAGAAAUGGAGCAGAAGGGGAAGGAAUUAGAAGAAAAGGUAAUCAAGUUUGAAAUUGUUGCUGACGAAUUGAGAGAAACUGCAAGGCUUGAAGCUCAGGAGCAUUCUACUGAGCUUUGGAAGCAUAAAACCGCUUUUUUUGAGAUUGUAUCAAAUCAACGGCAGCUUGAAGCAGAGAUGGGACGAGCCUUUAGGCAAGUUGAAGCUACAAAGCUGGAGCUUGAUGCAGCCCUAGAGCAAAAGGAGGAGUCGGUUCUAUUGGCACAAAAAUUGUCCAUAGAAAUUACAAAAAUGCGAAAGGAUUUGGAGCAGAAAGACAAGAUUUUGUCCGCAAUGCUAAGGAAAUCUAAGUUGGACUCGGCUGAGAAGCAAUUGCUUUUGAAGGAGGUUAAAGUAUCAAAGGCAAAGAAGAAGCAAGCUGAACUAGAAACAGAAAGGCGGAGGGCAGUCUCUGAGUCAAGACAUGAGAGACAUUCACUGAAGGGUUUGUUUUCUAAUCAAGCCAAUGCAAAAUUGGAUGUUUCCUCUGGUGUCAAAGAGGUGUCAGACUCUGGCAAAACCAGAUCACAGCCAACUGAUAUUGUUUUCGAAUAUGACUAUUCAGAGUUGAAGACAGACCCAGAAGUCUUUUCCCAUCUUCCUGAUUGUCACUCUCCAGAAGGGAAUGAGGACUUGGUAACAGCUGAUGUCAAAAGGUUGGAAGGUUGGGUUCGAGCAGAAGCAGAAAAGUAUACAACUGUAAUUGAGAAGAGGCAUCAUUUGGAACUGGAUGCCUUUGCAGAACAAAUGAGACUGAAAGAUGAGAAGUUAGAGGCUUUUCGUUGGCGGCUGCUGAGCAUGGAACUAGAAUCGAAACGGCUGCAGUCCCAUGUUGAGGGGCUGAACCAGGAUGUCGCACAGCUCAGACAGGAAAAUAUGAAAUUGGAAGCCUUGCUACUGGAGAGAGAAGAAGAAUUGGAUUCCUUGAAGGAGCAGUUUACAUCCAAAUUAAAGCCUCUGAGUUGUCAGAAGACCAACUUAUUAAAUUUAUCUCUCCAUGAUCCAGCAUUAACACAUGAUGCCAUUUGGUCUAAGGUCAAGAUUAUAAAUAAAAAGUCAACCGAGAAGGAGCAAGAAACAAAAAUAACUUUGCUGGAUAAGUCCCAAGAAAGACAUGCCGAGAAAGAAGAGGUAACCCCAUCUCACGAGUCCAGAAACAUCAGAUUGAGAGUCCAAUCACCCGAAAAGGAGUAUGAAGAAGAGAGAGAAUCUCCCGACCCAGGUUCAAUUCAGAAAGAAACUAACGGUUCAGCAGUAGUCGAUUCUGUUGACAAGUCAUUAUUACCUGGCCAGUCAUCGAGUAAAACCAAAAAUACCCCCUGGAGGAUGGAUCUUCAAGCUCUUGGAGUUUCUUACAAGAUCAAAAGGCUGAAGCAGCAACUUCUCAUGCUUGAGAGGCUAACAGGAAAGCAAGAAAGUGGAGAGGAUAUGGAAGGCGGUGACAAUGGGAUGAAAGGCUUGCUGUUGUUGUUAUCUUUGCUAAAUAAACAAGUCAGCCGCUACCAGUCCCUUCAAGGGAAGACUGAUGAUCUCUGCAAGCGGAUGCAUGACAAUGAUCUAGACACGAGCCAAGGAGAUUGUAGUACUAGAAAAAUGAAAGGAGAUACUAGAACACUGGAGCAUUUCCUUGAGGAGACAUUCCAGCUGCAGAGAUAUAUGGUUGCAACAGGUCAAAAGUUGAUGGAAAUUCAAUCCAAAAUAGCCUCUGGGUUUAUUGGGGUGGAGCUAGACAAGACAGCCACCUUUGACGUGAAGCGCUUCUCUGAUAACAUCAGAUCAUUAUUUCAGGAAGUUCAAAGAGGUCUUGAGGUUCGAAUAGCUCGAAUCAUUGGAGAUCUUGAAGGGACAUUGGCUUGUGAGGGAAUGAUACAUUUUAGGAGGUAGUAAUAAAAUGUAGGAGAUAUUAUACGAUGUGAAGCUCCAAUAAAGAUACCAUAUGUUCUGUUUGUUGAAUUCCAUAUUCCAACUUGUAUAUAGGAGUUAUUUCAAUUUACUACAACAUGAAUUAAUGCCUUCAGUUUCCCUUUUUUUUUUUUUAGAAUUGGUAUUUUAUUAUCUAAGAGAGCUACAAAAUGUACAUACAAAAGCAACUGCUUUUUCACAUUCCCUUGC